GAGUUUUGAAAAGGUGAGUUUUGAAUGUUUGGCUCAGUUGCAACAACAUUGGUCAUGUGACACCACGCGCGAGAAAUAGAAGAAAAGAGAGGAGAGGAGAGAGAGAGGAACCAGUUAAAGAAAAAUAGGCGAGAGCGACCACCGCCGAGGUUGACCGGUGUUGACACUACCGACCUGGGUGACCAUCGAUGACCAGCGAAAAACUCUGCCCACCGUCAGUGCUGUUUGUCGACCAACGAAAUACCACUUCGACGUGAAUCUGGAUUACGCAUUGUACUCACCUGAAUCUGCUGGUCCGUCAAUCUGUUAAUGUUGCUUAAUCACCUGAAUCUGCUGGUGUGUUUUUUUGUUUUUUUUCUUCUUAUAAAUUUAUAUUUUUUUGUUAGAAGAAUGGUUACUCACCUGAAUCUGAAUUUGAUCUGGUCCGUCAAUUUGGUGCGAAAUACCACUCUGUCAAUAAUUCACUUCACCUAAAUCUGAAUCUGGUCCUUCAAUUUAUAAUUUUUUUUGUUUUUACUCACCUGAAUCUGAAUAUGGGUGAUUAGAAGAAUGGUUAUCCAUGUUUGGGUCUAUGUGGGUAGAUGAUUUCAAUUAAAAAAUAUGUUUGGGGGUCUAUGUUUGAUCUUGUUGAAGUGAAAUCUAUAUUUGGGGUCUAUGUUUGACAGGGGAUUAGAAGACCAUAUUAAGGAAUGCAGACCAUAUUUGUUGUAUAGCUUGGCUCACUUAUCUUGAAUGGAAUUUCCAAUUUUUUCAUCAGUUAUGUUUUCUAGACUUCUAUGCACAACACUUCGCAAUACUCAAAGUAAAAUUGCUAUGUGUGUGAUGUAUAGCUAUAUAAUUAUUCUGCUAUGUGUGAUGUAUAUGUGUGUUUUCAACUUGUGAUGUACUCACUGAAUCUGUGAUGUGUCUAAAUCUAUAGAUGGUUCAACUUGUGAUGUACUCACUGAAUAUGUGAUGUCUCUAAGUGGUGUUUAACAUCCACUUUAACCUUAUUUAUGUGAAUAUGUGAAUCUUUGAAUCUGUGAUGUCUGAAUUUGAAUCUAAGUGGUGUUUAACAUCACUGAAUCUGAAUCUGUGAAUCUGUGAUGUCUCUAACCUUAUUUAUGAGUUGUUGUGCAUUUCAUUCUGCUGAUUUUAUACAAAUUACAGUAGAGUGUUUCACAUAAUGGAUAUUGAUUCAAACAAUCCUACAUUGAGUGGGGGUGAGGAAGUUGAGGAAGCAGAGAACAAUCCUUCAUUAAAUGAGAGUGGUGAAACUGAAGAACCUAAGAAAGGGAUGUGUUUUACCUCAAAGUAAGAAGUGCCCGAGUUUUAUGCAAAAUAUGCUAAAAACCUUGGAUUUGCUAUAGCUUACAGAACAUAGAAUGUUAGAGCAGAUGGAAAGGUGAAAUACUUUGGAAUUGAAUGUACUCGGGCGCAGAACAGGACAAAAAGAUCAGAAGUAAAGCCUCUUAAACCAUCUUUGUCAUCAAAAAAUUGAUUGUAAAGCUAAGGUAAGAGCGACUUUACAACCGGAUGAAAGAUAUAAGUUAACUGCAGUUGUGCUUGAGCAUACGCAUGAUUUAAUUCCUAGCGACUCACGCCAUUUUCCAAUGAAUAAGAGGAUUUGUACUCCUAUGAAGAGAAGAUUAGAAAUAAACGAUGAAACAGGAAUAGGGGUGUCUAGGAAUUUUCAUUCUAUAGUUGUUGAAGCGGGGGGAUAUGAGGCAUUAACAUUUGAUGAACGAGAUGCAAGGAACCACAUUGAAAAUGCUAGAAUCAGUUGCAUUUUGUUUUCAUAGAAUGCAACAAGAAAAUUCAAACUUCUAUUCGGCCAUUGACUUUGAUGUAGAUGGUUGCAUACGAAACUUGUUUUGGGCGGAUGCAAGGAGUAGGGCAGCUUAUAAAGCAUUUGGGGAUGUUGUCUCAUUUGACACCACCUAUAUCACAAACAAGUAUGAUAUGCCGUUUGCUCCAUUUGUAGGAGUUAAUUGCCAUGGACAGUCAAUCUUGUUUGGUUGUGGGCUAUUAUCUAAUGAGAACACGGACACAUUUGUUUGGCUAUUCAAAGAAUGGUUAAAUUGUAUGUCAGCCACUCCUCCAAAAGCUAUUAUAACUGACCAGUGCAGAGCUAUGCAAAAUGCCAUUCAAAUUGUUUUCCCACAGGCUCGACAUCGUUGGUGUUUAUGGCUUGUAAUGAAGAAAAUUCGCGAGAAAUUGAGAGGAUAUUCCCAAUAUGAAGCCAUCAAAUUCGCUUUACAAAAUGCAGUCUAUGAUUCUUUCAGAAAAGAUGAAUUUGAUGAGAAAUGGAAAACGAUGAUUGAAAAGUUUAGCCUCCAUGACAACGAGUGGCUGGGGGUAUUAUAUGGUGAGCAAUAUAGGUGGAUUCCUGCCUAUGUGAAAGAUAUAUUUUGGGCUGGCAUGUCAACUACACAGUGAAGUGAGAGCAUGGAUGCAUUUUUUGAUGGCUAUGUAAACUCAAAGACUACUUUAAAGCAAUUUGUUGAACAGUACGACAAUGCAUUGAAAAGUAAGGUGGAGAAGGAAACCAAAGCAGACUUCAAAUCUCGAAACAAAUUAUAUGAUUGUUUAACGGUGUAUGAGUUUGAGAAGCAAUUUCGUGCAGCCUACACAAAUGCGAAAUUUAAAGAAGUUCAAGUAGAAUUGGAGCGACUACUGUAUUGUCAUGAGACUCUUGUGAAGGAAGAGGGAUCCAUUUGUACUUAUCAUGUCAAGGAAGCGGUGCUUGUGAGUGAGAAAAUGAAAAAAGUUGAAUUUCUUGUUUACUUUAAUUCAACUGAAUUUGAAAUGCAAUGUGUGUGUUGGUGGUUUGAGUUUAGGGGGAUCAUGUGUGCCCAUUCCCUUAGUGUGCUCAUUAAGAGGUGCACAUAUGAGGUUCCAGAUAAGUACAUUAUGCCGAGAUGGAGAAAAGAUUUAGAAAGAGGGUACGCAUGUAUUCCAACGACAUACACGAAAUCCGGGGCUAUCCUCAAUGCAAAGGUACAUGAUAACUACAACAAGACAUUGGAUGAAAUUAUAGAAAUUGCUUCCAACGAUGAUGGUAAACACAAAGCCAUUCAACUUGGGUUGAGAGAAAUCAAAGAAAGAGUAAGAAAAGAUGAAUCUGGUUGUGCGAGUAAUGUGCCACAUUCUAGUAGUACUGUCCCACCUUCUAGCACUAAUGUGCCACCUUCUAGUAUUACUCGCAAGGUGCUUAGUCCUUUGGUUGCUCGCCGAAGAGGCCGUCCAUGUACGAAACUGAAGGUGAGCAAGGUGGACGAAAUAGUGAAUCGGUUAAAGGGAAAGAAUAAAAAGGCACCAAAAGUCCAGGUAUAUUUUUUAUUUUCUACUUAUAUGUAAAUUUUAGAAUUUAUUUUUGUCAAACUUUUUCACCAAUGUGUGUUACUAUAGGGUCAUAAGAUGGGUCAAUGUGAACCUCGUAAGUUGAAUUUCGAUUGUGCGGAUGGCAUGGAAGACAAUUCGUACGAUCGGGUGCCGGAAGCUCAAUUCUACUAUUUUCCUUGUAUCGAUGGGACACAAGAGAGCGCAUUGCAAAUGGUGGACAAAAUUGGAAGCUUAUCUUUGAGUGAAUCAGGAAUGACAAAUAUAGAUGGUUCAACUUUUGUGGACUUGAAUAUGGAUGUGGAUCUAAACGCUCCAUUUUUUUUUUUUUAGUUUUGUACUAUGGUAUUUAUCACUUUCGUUUGUAAACUUGGGAUAGUUACUUUUUUUAUUCUAAAUAGGUUUUUAACAGAUUCUGAAGAGGUUAUAUUUGAACAGAUUCUGA